AUGGACGACAAUAACCGUCGACGAAGGCAGAAUGAGCCGCCAUACCCUGCUCAGGAUCCCAGAUAUGCAGCAGCAGACCAGAGUCAAGGACGUGCAAUCUCAAACGUCAUGUCGGAUAGAUAUCGGUCUGCAGCGACAGCAGGGUCACCAUCAAUCAAUCGUGGAGUUGGACCCGCCCCACCAUAUACUACUGGAUACUACCAAGAACCAACUGCAUCUUUCCCGGCAGGAAUCCCACCAACUCCCUUGCAAUACCAAUCCGCUUAUCCACCGGACCAAAGGCAACAGCCACCUUUUCCAAAUUAUAAUACCGACACAUUGUACGGUGUCACACAACAAGCUCCACAAAAUAACGUCUAUGAGUCUCAGCAAUUUCAGGCGCGGCAACCUGCAGCAAUGCAGAUGUUGUCGGACGUGGCUACGCCCUACCUCCCAAAUGACCCCAAUACUCCAGGAACUCAACAAUACGCUUCGUCAAACUCAUCUACGCCUUAUCAACAUCAUCAGCAAAGCCCAGGGAAUCGCACUACGUUAAUCCAACAAAUAUAUCCUGCAGACGUAGGACUAGGUGGGAUGCCUCAAGCACCGGAAACGGCCGAUGCUGUGGACGCCGAGAACCAGGCGCAAGGAGCGGGGGGGAUGGAAGAAGCUUACUCAGUUUACCAGACUGCUCUUAAGCAGAUCUUCAAAAACAUCAUUGAUCUUCGCCUUGCAGAAGCAAGUUCGUCUUUACUCGAAGUUUCUGAGUGGUUGCUUGGACACGUAGCAGAGCUAGGACUCACUGUAGACGAAGCUGCCCUUCAUGGCGAUCGACUUCGACUGUGGAACGAAUUCAAUGCGGCGUGGUUAAGCAUAUUCACCAGACAGCAAGAUUUUCUCGAAUCAGGCCAGCGCACACAGCCACCGCAAACACUCAUGUCCUUAGAGUUCAUUGGCAAAAUGGGGACCAACUUAACACGAUUGUGCGAUUCGGUUGAGGUAUACGGUUUGGUGGAUUAUCAAUAUGGAGUUGGCGAGGCGGAAAUCAUGAAUAUCCUCUUGAGCUGCCAAAAAAUUCAAGAAAAAUUUGAAGCAUCCGGAACUUCUGGUGCGGGCGCAUCCUCAUCGAACACCAACCCCAACGCCGGUCGAGCGCCACCUUGA